AUGGCAGCUAAGCAUCCUGAUCAUGUGUAUUGCUGCGACAUUUGUGGAAAAGAAGAGUUUUCUGAAGAAGAAAUACGCUCUCACACGUUAGUUGCCCAUAUUGAAGGAGCUAUAUCCUGCCCAUUUUGUGAUCUCGGUGACAUAUCUGCAGAUGAAAUGAUAUAUCAUGUCAAUUCUACCCAUUUGGAAUUUUUAAGUCCUACAGAAGAUAAUGUUCAAUUUAUUGAAUCCUCUAGUGGAUCUUCGGACGAUGCUUACAUUUGUAGCAACGGAUUGCCUGAUAACAACUUCACAUCUGCUCCUGAGGGCUCUCCUCAGCGAGCAAACCUCUCUCUGAAUUUAAAUCCAAAUAAAAUUAAAAAAAUAGUUAGUCCUCGUGCUUCUUCUGACCUAUGUGUUUGCCCCUUGUGUGAUUAUUCCAACAAAUCACCAACAAAACUUCAAGAACAUGUUAAUAGGCAGCACUUUGAUCUUACGAGUCCGUCUUUUCCCGAGUUUCUCAACAAUGAUGGUGGCUGUAGCCCAUAUCUCUGUCCUCUGUGUGAUAGGAACUUUGAAUCCAGUCGUGACGUUGAAUUACACGUGAAUGUUGAUCACAAUGAUGUGCUGAGUCCAGUGAAAUCGACUCAAGCCACCCCUGGAGAUGAGAACUCCAAUGACUGUUGUCCUGUCUGUGGCUGUUCCAAUUUCAUGUGCAGUUUGGAUUUAGCAUCUCACAUAGAAGAACACUUUAGUCCUAAAUCACCUAAUGGGGUGGUUUGCUCCCCAAGAACCCCUUUUGCAAUCACUCCUCUUGUGAGUGAUGUAACACUUCUUCAGGGUAGUCAAAUGAAUCCAGUAUUGGAAAAAUUGUGGUUAAAGUCUGGAAAAAGGGAAGAGGGCAAUGCAGACCACCUUCUUGCUUUAGAGAUGGAGCGUCGAGAGCGUGAAGAGCAGCGACUGAGAGAGCAGCGCGAGUUUCGCAUCUUGCAGGCUCAAUAUGGCAUGGACAAUCAAGGAAAUUUUAGGGAACAAUCCAUCACUAAUAUGCAGCGUGCUGUUUAUGCUGGGGAAUUGAGCGUUGCAGACUUUUAUAAUAGGCAGGUUGAGCUAUUUGUUGCCGAGCGAGAUGGAGUUGAUGAUGGCCAUUCCUGUACAAAAGGUCUUAUUCCUAAAAUUAGAGCUUUUAGUAUGGCUACUCCAAAUGUUGAGCACACUUGGCUGUGCAGUGCUGUUGAUCACUAUGGUUCAACAUAUGGAGAUAAAGGUUGGGGCUGUGGAUACAGAAAUAUUCAAAUGAUGCUUUCAUCUUUAGUUCAUAAUACUAAAUAUAGUACUAGACUUUUUAAUGGUAGAUUCGCUAUUCCAUCAAUAUCCAAGCUUCAAGAGCUUAUUGAGACUGCUUGGAGGCAGGGCUUUGAUCCUGCUGGAUGUGAGCAGUUAGGUGGUCGUUUGAUAAAUACCAGAAAAUGGAUUGGAGCAACUGAAGUCGUAACCUUCCUAUCUUCUUUUCGAAUCAGAGGCCAACUUAUAGACUGCCACCAACCUACUGGCCCUAAUGGAACUCAUCCUGAAAUGUUCGCCUGGGUAAAAGAAUAUUUUAUGAAAGAUGAGGAAUUUAAACCACCUGUAUAUUUACAACAUCAUGGACACAGCAGGUCAAUCAUUGGUUUAGAAGAAUUAAGAGAUGGAAGCUUACAACUUCUGGUGUUCGAUCCUAGUCAUAGUAAAUCACAGAUGGAACAGUUCAGCACUACAGAAUUAAACUCCAAUGCCAUGCGGCUUAUACGACGGCCAUUAUUAGCAUUAAAAGCUAGGCAGUAUCAGUUAGUUUUUAUCAGUGGUCUUCUAGAUUCUGAGGAAGAAUAUCAGAAGAUGAAAAUUCUUUGUUCCCAGCGAAUACCUCCAUCCAAUUAAACUACUUGUUCCUAUGUUCAAGAACUGUAUUUCAUGUCCAUUCUUCAGCUAUGAGUUACAUGUG